UAAUUAAGACGGGGGCUUUCACACAGACGAAGCAAAACAUACAAAGUCCGCCAGCGUGAAACGUCAGUGCUUCAUCUAAUCAAACAUCGUGGGGCAUUGUGACGAGAUGUACGGCGCUAGAUAUAAUGUCGACUCGCUCACACUACACGCCGAGUAAAAGAUUUGAGCUCUAUCUCUCGUGAAAACAUCCCGCCAUAGUGGCUAACGGACGACACCAAGCCGACCAAGGAAUCAUGAAAUUUCAUCAUUUGAUGGAUAACAAAACAGGCAGAGCGAGUGGAGGGAUCUGUGUGCGACACGAUGUAUCCAGAGCAUGCCCGCCUGACGUGGAGUUCAGCAUGGCGGCCAAACUGGACAACUUGGAGGUGAAUGCCAACGAGACAUUCUGUGCACGUGAAGUAGUGACGUCACCCAAAUCACCCUACGAUGACGUUGGUUUUGACAAUAGCGGAAGUGGGGACCUGACCAGCUCUGGGGAACUGCUGGAGUCUUGCGGACUGGUCACCGAAGACUCGGGCAUUUCCGAAAAUUCCCUCAGUCUGACUGAAGAGCUAGAAGUGGAGAAGAUCUUGGAUGACAUCACGGAGAGAGAGGAAUCGGUAGAUGACGUCACAGACUCAGAGGAGUCCAUUGGCUCAAAUAGGAUGGGCGGUGCCGCCAGUCAAUCCGGUAACCAAUCACGAAGCAUUGGUCAAAUCCGGGAGAGCUUGGAACAGAAAGUCAGGCGUCUCCGAGACGAGAAGGCGGCUGUGGAUGAGAAGAUCCGAUUGGCUCAAGAGGAGGAGGACCUGCGCAUGCGCGAGAAAACCAAAUUGAAACAACAGCUUGUUGUCCACAGAAGGGACCGUCUGAAAAAAGUCAUCGCCGACCUUAAAAGGAAACUUGAGGACCAAAGCGUUCGUCUGCAGGUCACUUACAGUACUCUCAUUUCACUGCAGAGGAACAUAUUUCGACACAGAAGCUUUUCCCGCCAAACGACACAACCUUCCAGAGACUCGUCGCUGGAGGCGCCCUUUUGAAGCAAAUAGUUAGCGUUGGUAGCGUAUUAUUGAUGUCGGUCAAAAUUAGUCGGUAUUGAGUUCAUUUUCAAAAUGUAACCAUUACAGAUAGGUCAUAUUCAGUUGCCACCCAAUUAAAAAGAAUAAUGCUAACAAAAAGACUUUUUAGACCUUAGUUUUCAAUUCGUAAGUUUGUGGCUCACAGUGAAAAAUUUCCAAAAGAGUAUAAAGCCAUAUUGCAAAGCAUAUGUUGGUUAACUGCAGUAUCGGCUAAGCCGAGAUAAAAAGUCGAGAGUAAAUUUCA